AUGUCUAAUAGAAGGGAAUGUGAGGAGGAACAUAAACAAUGUGAAUAAAACCUGACGUCGCCCACCUCUGGAUUCAGCAAACGCCCACGCGCACGCUAUCGGUGAGGUGUGUCGGAGAGUGAGCUCGAGGGUCGAAGACUGAGCUCGUGUCGUCUGUGACCGGGUGGGUGUGGCGAAGGGCAGAGCAUGGGCGCGGAGCCGGACGCGCUCGCGGUGGCCCAACAGCUCCGGGAGCUCGCGGCUGACCCUCUGAACAGGCGCGCGAUCGUGGAGGACCGGGGCUGCCUACCGGGACUCAUCCUGCUGCUGGACCACAACAGCCCACAGGUGGUCUACACCACGCUACAGGCGCUGAGGUUCCUAGCCGAGUGCCGCUCUAACCGGGAGAAGAUGAGGACUGAGCUGGGAAUGAUGCUCAGCCUACAGAACGUCACACACAAGGGGGCCAGUCCCGGGGAGACGUGUGUGUUGGCUGCAGAGGUGCUGGAGCGGCUCCGGGCCGCGUGUGAGGAGGAGGAGGAGGAGGAAGGGGCGGAGCUUCCCUACAGCUGCCGACGCCCUCGCUUCUUCCUGGGCAACGCCAACAAGCGCGCCAAAACACUCACCCUGCACAUCAACGGCCUCGACGACACGGCCCGUAGGAGUGUGUGUGAGGAGGCGCUGCUGAAGGUCAGAGGGGUCAUCAGCUUCACCUUCCAAAUGGAGCUCAAGAGAUGCAUCAUCCGCAUCAGAUCUGACCUCACCGCAGAGACUCUAGGUGCAGCCAUCUCUUCCACUGGAGUCCUUACUGCUCAACAGGUGGUGAAGAGGGAGGAUGGUUCAGAGGUGCUGAUCCCUUGUGUGCCAGACGAGUGUGUGUGUGCGGUCCAGGGUGUGUGUUUGCCGGAGUACCUGCCGGAGGACGAGAGUCCGGCGGUGGAAGCGGCCCGUGCCGUCAGCGGAAAACCCACCAAUCCAGACGGAGCAGGCUGGGUCAACACCGCCACCAACUUCCUGUCCCGCUCUUUCUACUGGUGACCAUUUCCUGUUUGGGUUUUUCUACCAGGGACAACUUUCUUCUCCACUGAUGACCACUUCCUGCUCCAAAUCUACACUGAUGACCACUUCCUCUUCCGCCUGUAUACUGAUGACCCUGUUCACCUUUCUACUGCAGCGCAUUCCAGUUUUUUGCAGACUGUACUUCCUGUCUGCUGUGUCCCACACACACUCUCAGACUGGACUAAAGUACCGAUCAUGGAUAUCCUGAUUAUGUCUGUCUGUAGGCUAGUUGUGUUUCUGUCAGGAUUGUGACUACAAAUGUGUUUCUUAGUUGUGUGUGUGAUUGUGAGGUAUAUCAUGUGUCUGUGUGAGUGUGUUGGUCUGUCUGUGAGAUGCAUGUAGUGUGUGUGUUUGUGAGUUGUGUGUAACACGUAAAGGCCCCCUCUGUGAGUCACUGUUUUAAGGUGAAGCCCGUUAGCUCUUUAGUGCGUUAGCUGGGUUAGCCCUCUCGGGUGCGGAUUCAGUGGCUGUUACCAUCGUUAGCUCUUUAGCGCGCUAGCUGGGUUAGCCCUCUCGGGUGCGGAUUCAGUGGCUGUUACCAUCGUUAGCUCUUUAGCGCGCUAGCUGGGUUAGCCCUCUCGGGUGCGGAUUCAGUGGCUGUUACCAUCGUUAGCUCUUUAGCGCGUUAGCUGGGUUAGCCCUCUCGGGUGCGGAUUCAGUGGCUCAUUGCCAAACUGAAUUGUGGUUGAUGCAACGAGAAGUUGAGAAACUUUCAACUUGUUAAACUGCAGCACAGGUGCCAGCCAAUCAGAUCAUGGUUAGGCAAAUGAUGGUGGACCCUCAGUAGAUGGUCCAAGAUGGUCGCAUUUGCAAGUAUAAUGUGUUGGGCUUUUUAAAGCUUAGAUUUGUACAAGUUAGCAAGAAAUAGACACUGUACAAUAUAUAUAUAAAACAUUGUGACUCAAAUGAUUGUCGUGAUUUGUGAUUUUUUGAGCCAAA